CAUUCUUCUGUUCAUGCUCCGAUUUAUUUGUUUUGGGCAGCAUGAUUUUGAGCCCCAACGUCAGUGAAUCUGGGCUCACUGACUGCUGUCGGGUGGACUAAACCAUUUUGUGGCCCCAGGAAGCGGCCCUCAGAAUGUCCAAUUUGUUGGGUGGACUGUGUCAUAAACUUAAUUUUUUCAGUUAAUGUUAUCAAUGUAUUUGAAAUAAAUUAUGACACAAAUGAAUUGGAGCACCCAAUUCAUUUGAAAUAAAAACAUCACAAAACAAAAAAAACUCAAACAAAACCAGGAUUUUCAUGGGCCCCUCUCCUGCCCUGGGUAGUCCGGGGUGCUGGUGCCUUUCUCCAGCUGUCAGUGGGUGAGAGGCGUUGUUCACCCUGGACAGGUCAGCAGAUAAAUGUGUUUUACAAAAAUAAAGCAGACAGCUGGAAUGGACUCAGAAAGGUGGAGUUUUGUUUGCAGCAGACAGUAUUUCUGGAGAUGAGCGACAAUAAGAGCAAACAGUAUUUCCAUCAGAGAUCUUGAAGCGACCACAGAGCCGUUUAGCCUGCUUGUUUACUAGACUUCCACGUCCAGUUGGUUAAAAAUGAGUCGAAGCCGACUGGAUCCGCUCUUGCUGCUGAAUUUGCUCUCCUGAUGCAGGAGACAAAUGCUAAACUUCAGGAAAGUAGAGCCCAAAUGAGCCACCACCAACCACCUCUAACUCCACACACAUGCACGACCACGCUUUAAAAAUUGAACACAAUCUCACGCUGAACUUUCCAUAGAAUUUGAGAGCUCUGAGUAUUAAUUUGAAUCUGUUCUCUGACAUGGUGCAUGGUUUGCUGGCACAGUAAGCAUUGCAGAAAUGAGUGUUCUUGUACAGCUAGAUAUUAAGCCGUAGUUUAGACAUUAAUCAAAGUUUUUAACAAAAACCUGGGGCCAAACAUUUGACAUCCUUAUGCUCUCACUACUGGCAUAACUUUUGGCAUAACGUCGUCUUCUUUAGUCAUGCUGUAAAAAACAACAGCGCCUCUAGAAUAACAGCGGCUCUACUCUGCCCAUGCGCUCUGUUGUCUGAUCUGGGCCCCUCCAGACUCAUUACCAUAAAUUAAACAUGGUGGGAGUAACACCACCCCGUCGGGCAUAUUUCUUUAUUAACACUCAGAGGAAUGGCUCUCACAUCCCACACUCAUUAGAAGCGUGGCAGCAAACUCUCAGCUUUCACACCACCUCUUCUAAGUCCUCCCAGAGGACAGCAGGGUGUGGAAGACCAACAAAUGUGAGCAGCUUCCUGGUUACACCUUCCUAAUUAGCAGCUGACUAAAGACAUUUAGUGCUGUGUUGGCUACGUUGUGUGUGUUCGGUCGGCUACAUGUGCGUCACAGUUGUCCUGAAGAGCAGCUCCUCUCAGGCGCUGGUUAUCAGUUGGUCCUGGUAAAGGAUGCCAGGUGGUGUCAGAACGCUGCUGGAGCGUCUCCUGAAAGGAUCAGAUGGGCUUCUCUCUCACUCUACUGUUGGAAACACCUCAGCCAGUCUUAUAUCAGCCUUCGGUGCUGUAUCAGCUUGUUUGUAAGGAGAAGUGUGGAUUACAUCUCGACAAAAAGGAAAAAAAAAAACAGAGGCUCUAAUUUACGGGGUCUAUUAUUUAUAGCAUAACUCUGGUGAGUGGCAGCAGAACAGGUGAACCAGAGAGUUCACAGUUAGAAACGGUGCACCAAUUCAUGAAGAGAACCGCUGCAGAAUCAAAGAGCCAUUUAGAUAUUUAAACAUAAAUACACAAGUUAGACAUUUUUUACACAAGCCUAAAUUUCUUUGUGUUAAGAUCUGAUUACAGAUACAGAUGAGUUAUGACUGGAUUUUUCUUCCUCUCAUCUGAUUGGUCAAUUUCAUGCCCGUCACAAAUGUAACAAUCCAAUCAGAAAGCGGUUGGCAUGUUGAGGUUGAAUGCUAACUGAGCUGCAGGUCCUGGAAGAAUUGCACAUGUUAAAGAUGGAGGACGGCGGCAGAACGUCUGCUGCUCAAGUAGGCAGAACCUUUUCAUUUAGUGAAACAGAAAAACAAAAUGAUAUAUUUUUUGAAAAUCAAGUUGUCAUCCAGGGCGCCGUCCUCCAUCUUUAGCAUGCACUCUUCAUGAGGCUGGUGGUCCAGAGAACAGCUGCUGUGAGACGUUGGUUCUGCUGCACAAAGGUAGACGGUGUAGGGAUUAGGUGAAGGCAGCUGGCUGCACUGCAGGUUAUUUAAGGGUAUGAGAGUAAAGGGCCGAAAAACAACUAAAUUUAUUUUCUGUCGGAUCAAAUCCCAAUAAAAUACGCUGAGGUUGAUGUUUGGUUAAUGCAAUGUUCCAGCGGCAUGAAUGCACUGUACAUCUACCCAAACACUAGGGUGUUUGACUAAGCCUCCUCAGUGACAGCACCAAAGGGGAAAUGCUUGCAUAUCAAAACGUUUGCCAUUUGCAACAGUCCAGCUCAAUGCUUAAUGGACAGGAGCUGAUUUUGACUCGUGCAGCACUGCUGCGCCCUCACCGCAGAGCAACGUGGGAAAUAUUCGUUCCCUGAAGUCGAGCUGACUGAUAAACAUUUAGCUGAACCGCCUUUCAUAGCGCAGUUCCUACAUUUGCUGAGUGAGUCAAAGCGUCGUGCUGUGUAGCGGCGCCGCACAGCACGACGCUUUGACUCUGCUCGCCUGAAUAAUUGAUACAAGUGCCAUCAGCCUUGUAAAGUAGGAUCAGUUCACAUCAUCACUCUGUGGCUGCAAAUCAGUGAUGGGAGGUGUAACCUAGAGUGAUCUCUUAGUUUGAGCGUUCAGCCCUUGAUGUCAGCCGGGCUGUAGCUCGCAGCACAGCAGACCGACUUUAAUGUGAACCAAGGUAGAGGCAGGAGGACGGUGCAUUUCAUAGAAACAGGAGUGGUACUUAAGGUGCUGAUGGCCCCAGGCGACACCCACCUGCUCCCAGUGGUGCUGUGCUCAGACUGACACACCAGCUGCUUGCAGUUCACUUUCUUUCCUUUCUCCCCCGAGGUAUCCUGCCAGGCAACGCUGCUUACAACGCUCACAGCUCCUCACUGCUCCUCACAGCUCCUCACUGCUCCUAUCCCCGGCCAUGGCGGCUGGUGUCAGCAUACUGACUGACCUGCCUCACUCCAGCAGGGGUUCCCGUAGAGACGAGAUCGGAGCAGAGAUGGAGACAGCCAGUGCAAGAGUGCCCACAGCAAAGUAUACCAAGAUGGGGGAAACACUGAGACACGUCAUUCCUGGUCACAUGCAGUGCUCCAUGGCCUGUGGAGGGAAAGCCUGUAAAUAUGAGAACCCGUCUCGCUGGAGUGAUGAGGAGCAAGCUAUUAAAGGCCUCUAUUCAUCCUGGAUUACUGAUCACUUGCUAGCUAUGGCGAGGCCUUCCUCUGACAUCAUAGAAAAAUAUAAUAUAAUCCAACAGUUUCAAAGGUGUUGUUUGAAGACUGUGAUUAACCUGCAGAGACCCGGAGAGCACGCCAGCUGUGGCUACCCCCUGGAGCAGGAGAGCGGUUUCACUUAUCGACCUGAAACAUUCAUGGAGGCAGGCAUCUAUUACUACAACUUUGGAUGGAAAGACUAUGGUGUAGCAUCUUUAACAACAAUACUUGAUAUGGUGAAAGUCAUGUCGUUUGCUGUUCAAGAAGGCAAAAUGGCCGUCCACUGCCAUGCUGGUCUUGGAAGAACAGGUGUGUUAUUGGCGUGUUAUUUGGUUUUCACCACCCGGAUGAACGCCGAUCAAGCCAUCCUGUUUGUACGAGCCAAAAGACCCAACUCCAUCCAGACUAGAGGUCAGCUGCUGUGUGUCAGGGAGUUUGCCCAGUUCCUUGUUCCUCUACGAAGUGUGUUUUCAUGCGCAGAACCCAAAGCAAGUGCCGUCACCUUGUCGCAGUACCUUACUCGGCAGCGCCACCUACUGCAUGGCUAUGAGGCUCGGCAGAUGAAGAAUGUGCCAAAGAUCGUCCAGCUGGUGUGCAGGCUGCUGCUGGACAUUGCAGCCAACAGACAGGUGGUGAUUGAGGAGGAGUGGCUGGAGAUCCCUGACCUCACCGCUGAGGUGGAGAAGACCGUGUCCCAGCAGGCCCUUCAGCAGCUGGGGAAGGAAAUGAUCGGCAAAGGGAUUCCUGUCUUACCUUGUUCAUCACGCACGCUCAGCACACCAGCACAGCUGACCAGACCAACAGGUGACCAACCCCUCGCCAGCGAUAAUGAGCUGGACCCCUUGUGGAGACAACAGAAUUUAGAAAGCCCCCAGAGAUCUCUGGCUAACAACAGGAGUCUCAGCGACUCUCUGCUUGACAAGCAUGGGCUGGGCCGGGACCACGUAGGAGGUCUUAGUAAACCAAUCAGCUGCCUGAUGAGGCAUUGGUUGUCUCACAGCAACCUUACUACCUGUAACCAGUGCAGCUGUUGUUACCUCUGUACACAGGACAGAAACUCUGAAACAGAAGCAAAACCAGACCGGGCAUUGUGUGCUUCGCAUAAGAGGCAUCACAGCUUAAGUUCCCAUUUAUCAGAGCUUGGAAAGAAAUCCUUCUUUGAUGCCACACCACCUUUCUUUCCACUCCAGAACAGCUUAGUAGCUAGUGUGGAGUGUGUGGAUGGAGGAAGUGAUCUAGGAGGCGCCCCUGACGCCCUGCACAUCCGCCUUCAGUCUGAGCUCCCCCCAGAGAACAGACGUCUGAUGGUGGCCAGAGCUCUGGCCAUGGACCUGGCUGACAAGGACAAGGAGGUCUCCUCUAAGGUUUUAAUGUGGCAGACAGAGCUGAACUCCAGAGAGGGAACUUGGGAGAGGCUGUUUAAUGAAAGAGACCCUCUGGUCCUCUCCAGCCUGAUGUGGUCAUGGCUGGAGCAGCUCAAGGAUCCAGUCAUCAGCCAAGAGGAUGUCCAAUUGCUCAGCGAGAAGAAUGUAAACCCACAGGAUGCUCUCAACUCUCUGGAGAAGGGUCACAGGUUCACUCUGCUGUGUGUCCUCAACUGUGCCGCUCAUCUCCUGCCUGUGCCAGAAGAUGUGCUGAUGUGUUUUCUUAACCAAACAAUCAAAGUGUUUACAAAGACCGAUCCAGCCUCCGACAGGAAUGAGUCUCUGUGCAUAACACUGAAAGCAAUCCUGACUCCCAUUCUUUAUGAGCUGCAUGACAAAGCUGGGGAGAUGACCGAAGACUCCUGAUCAACCUCAACGCUGCUUCAUCUGACCGGAUUUCUAACAGGGUUCACUCUCCUUCGGGGCAUUAAUACACCCAAAGCCAGGGGAUAUCCUUGCAGCAGAUACUUGGAGAUCUGCCAGUCUACAUAUUUUGGAGCUUUUUCACUGAGGACUUUUCAGUAUGUGUUAGAAUUCUCUUAUUAGAUACUAACUGCUGCCAUUGUUGAUGUUAAUGUGCCACUGUGUUCAGCUUGAAACAUUUGUCUUUUACUUAUUUUACUCUGAUGUUUAUGAGGGAUGACAUGCUUGAAAUCAUUUAUCUGGCAGGAAGAUGACUAAGGAAAGCUUUUUUUCUGUCUACGAGUAAUAUUUAAAUCCAAAGAUGUUUUACACUGUACAGAUGUUACAGUGUGUCUUAUUUAUUCAAACCUUUUCAUUACAAGUACAGCUAGUUUAAUGCCUAGGUUUUAGCUAAUCUUAGGGUUACUUUACUUAGAAUCCCAAGCCAGAUGCAAAACUUUGACAAUGUUUUGGCAGUUCAUGUGACACUGGCCAAUGUGCUUCUGUUGAUCUGUGCAACUAGAUGUCCUUAAUAUUAUUUACAACAUAAAACCUCUCCUAAUGUUCUGUUGCGCUGUUCCAAUUUGUGCUGCACUGCCUCUCAGCGGGACCCUUUACCAUCGACGUGUGUGUGUGUGUGUGUGUGUGUGUGUGUGCGUGUGUGUGUGUGUGCUCCUAUUUGGGCAUCAGAGUGAGGACCAUUGUUUUGAUUUGACCAUCAAAGUGAGGACCGUUUGUACCAAAGCGAGGACAUUUUGCUGGUCCUCACUUUGUUUUUUUCUAAGGGUAAGGUUUAGCACUACGAUAUGAAUUGAGUUUAGGCUAAGGUUAGGUAUUCACUGGUAAUGGUUAGAUUUAGGGUUAUUGACUUUUUUGGUCCUAACCUUUUUUCUGGGCUAUGGGACUAAGGUGUCAGUUAGGGUCAGGGUAAGGUAUAUACUAGUAAAGGGCCAGGGUAAGGCCAUAGAAAGAGUUGAAAAUGAAUGGAAGUCAAUGGCAGUCUAGGCAUGGUCCUCACUUGAUAUUUUAAACAAGGAUGUGUGUGUGUGUGGGGUGGCGCUAACAUACCAGUCACAAUACUGUCUCUCACCUAAUGUGUCUCAUGUAUAGACCUAAUGUUACUUUGACCCUCUAACAGGCUGAAUGUGGAACAGUGAUGAAAGAUCUGAGGUUUCACUGUGAGGAUUUUACAAUCAGCACUAAUUUUGUAUGUUGUCUAAAGGUUUGCUUCACGCAGAAAUAAAUGCCUCUGACUUGCAA